CGAUACGUAAUGUCAAGACGCUCCAAUGAAAAUUCGCAAAACAAAAAACAAAUUCUAAUAAUAACUUUAGUAUAUAUUUUAUUUUGAACGAUUUCAAACACAAGAUUAAUUGGAUAUUAAUCAUCCGUCAAUCGAUGGUCUCGUUAAUAAUAAUGGAGACAUUAAAAUUACAUUAAAAUGUAAAAGUACUGUGAAUACGUACUUUCUACACAUGAAGCUCAUAAAUAAAGCCAUAACAAUAAAAAAAAUAUGAGCUGUACAAUUUUUACAACCGCAUAAGUACAAUGCUUCCAAUAAUCUUAGGUUAUUCCUCCGAAAUGAAUCGAAUUUUGUACCGAAGCGAGUGCUCAUUGUGGCAAAAUUGUCGCGAUAUCAUUUUGAAAAAAUACGAGAACCAAACUUGAGUGACGAACAAUUAAAGUUUAAAUUGUUGGAAAGAGGUUCUGAUUAUGAUACAAUGAUAGCUAGUCAUAUAGCAACCAAACAUGUAAAAAGUCAAGUAAUUGAAGUCUUGAAGAAACUGAAUAUAGAGUAUAAAAUAAUAAAUAGGGAAAAUCUAGACAGAUCAAAUUUUAUUUGGGCUGAUUUAAUUCUUCCGAUUGGUGGCGAUGGAACGUUUCUGUUGGCGUCAAAUAUGAUAUUCGAUGACAAGACACCAAUAAUUGGUAUUAAUUCAUUUCCGGAAAGAUCGGAAGGAUAUCUUAUGUUAUCUCCGAAAUAUACGACAAGGAUACCUGAAAUUUUCGAAAUGCUAAAAGCAGGUCAUUACAACGUAGUAAUGAGACGAAGAAUUCGUACGACGAUAAAGGGAGAUAAUAUUUGGGACCCUCCCUUCCACACGCACGAAAAAGGUCGCGUUGUAGGUGAAGAAAAAUUUUACACACAAGAUCUGAAGCAAGAAAUAUCAAAUAAGUUACCAAAAAAAAGACGUUUGCCUUGGUUGGCAUUAAAUGAAGUAUUUAUAGCAGAAAUACUUUCUGCUAGAAUAAGUAAUUUACUAAUAAAUUUAAAUAAUGAAGAGAAAUAUCAUUUGGUAAGAAGUUCUGGCUUGUGUGUUAGCACAGGAACAGGAUCAACAUCUUGGUAUAGAUCUAUAAAUACUGUUAGUCCACAAGUAGUAAAAGAAAUACUGAGCCUUUUAGAUAAAAAACAAAUUGACAAUGAAGAGAUUGAAAAAAUCUCUUCUACUUUCAAUGCUGGUUUACCUUUUCAUGCGGAGGAAUUAAAAUUGUGUUAUUCUGUAAGAGAUAUGAUGGUAAAUAGCAUCUGGCCUACACCAAAGUGUCUGCAACCUCGUGGAUUUUGUAAAAAGCUGACAGUAACAUCACAAUGUUACGAUGCUGGUUUAGUCCUUGAUGGUGGCAUAGCAGUGCCAUUCAAUUUUGGGACUACUGCAGUAUUGGAGACUUAUCCUGAAGAUUCUUUACGAGCGCUAACCCUUCCAGAUUGAUAAGUAUUUAUUUUGAAUAAAAAUUUAGUUUUGAUUUAAUUUAAGAAGGUGGGAAAUAGUUAGAAGGUGGGAAGUAUCAACAGUUUUGAUGUAUUGAAGAUUAACAAGGCUUUCACAGUAUGUGAAAUUUGCACUUUUGUAUCUCAGAAUGUUUUGGAAUUUUAUAAACCGCAUUUGAUUUGAUAUAUAUGUACAAUUUUUCAAAGACUACUAUAAUUUUAUAACGUUUUGCAUUCUGCAAUAUAAUUAUGUACAUGUAUAAGUUAAUGUAAACCAUAUUCCAAUGAAUAGCAGUAAUAAAAUCAAUAUAAGUAAUGUUCAUGUAAAUGUAAUAUCAGUGAAUUUUUAUGAAAUUGUAUUUCUUAGGAAUAAAGGAACAAAAAUAUUGUUUA